AUGGCGUGGCAGCCGGAGGAGGAUGGUUUGAGACAAUUGUCAGAGUUCCUCAAGAGCUCAUUGAGCGGACAUGACAGAGACAAACAAAAGGAGGCAGAGCUGAUGCUUAUGAAUGCGCGAAGCAAUCAAGACUACGUGAACUAUUUGACCUACAUAUUCAGUACGCCGCAGAUCGGGCAGCAACUAAGUCUAAACGCCCCCAGUCUCUUCCUCAUUCGGUAUGCGGCCGCAAUCAAUCUCAAGAACCACAUAAAACUCUUCUAUACAAACAUUCCCAAAGACCAGUUGGCAUACAUCAAGACUUCGACCCUCACAGUCCUGCGAGAUCCGAAUCCGCAGUUAAGGAGCUUUGCUGGAACUGUCAUAACUGAGACCGUGACACAGGGAGGCUUGCUGCAAUGGCCCGAGAUACUACAAGAGUUAUUGUCGCUUGUCAGCAAUGCUGGUGGCAAUGUACCGCCAGAAACCCAGGAGGGUGCCAUGUCUGCAUUGGCCAAGGUCUGUGAGGAUAAUAAGAAGUUGCUGGACAAGGAAUUCCAGGGACAGCGACCGAUGGCUGUCAUGGUCCCGAAGUUGCUGGAAUUCGCAAGUCAUCCGAACCCAAAGAUCAGAGUGUUUGCAUUGAAUACCCUGAAGUCGUUCAUCCCUCAGAAAUCGCAGAUUCUCUUCUCCGCCCUGGACGUCUACUUGCAAACGAUCUUCCAACUCGCAACAGAUCCCGAUGUGCAAGUCCGGAGGAUUGUCUGUCAAUCUCUUGUCCAGUUGGUCGAAUCCAGUCCUGAUACACUUGCGCCCCAUCUCGACGGCCUGGUCAACUACAUCCUGACGCAACAGCAAGCAGCCGGAAGUCCUGAUCUUGCUCUGGACGCUGCCGAAUUUUGGCUUAGUAUUGGCGAACAGGACCAACUACGAGAUCGAAUGGGACCAUACCUAGAGAGGAUCAUUCCAGUCUUGCUAGCGGGCAUGGUAUAUGGUGAAGACGAAGUCGUCCGGUUGGGAGGCGACGAAAACAAUGCCGAUGAGGAAGAUCGCGUUGAAGACAUCAAACCUCAGUUCGCACAGACGAAGGCCGGAAGAGGCGUGACCUCAGAAAAGGAGGAAACACCCGGAACGCCACAGGCAAACGGAUCCUCGAAAAAUGCUGAUCUCAGUGACGGCGAAAUUGAGGACGAUGAAGAAGGAGACGAAGACGAAUGGGACGACGAUGACCCCGAGAAUGCGUGGAGUCUACGUAAAUGCUCUGCAGCAGCAUUGGACGUCUUCGCCGUCAACUAUGGCCCCGCUGUCUUCAACAUCAUCUUGCCCUAUUUGAAGGAGAACUUGUCACACAGCCUCUGGCCCAAGCGAGAAGCGGCAGUCCUGGCUCUCGGCGCCAUCGCAGAUGGAUGCAUGGACGUGGUAUCACCUCACCUCCCCGAACUUGUCCCUUUCUUGAUCUCUCUUCUUUCCGACGAGGAACCUGUUGUUCGGCAAAUCACCUGCUGGUGUCUAGCGCGAUACUCGGAAUGGGCAUCAAGGCUUGAAUCGCCGGCCGACAAGCAACGUUACUUCGAGCCGAUGAUGGAAGGUCUCCUACAGCGCAUGCUGGAUCAGAACAAGAAAGUGCAAGAAGCCGGAGCUAGUUCCUUCGCCAGUCUCGAGGAGAAGUCGGGCGACAAACUCAAACCAUACGUCGAGCCCAUCCUCCGGCAAUUCACCGAGUGUUUCAAGCGGUACAAGGACAAGAAUAUGUACAUCCUGUACGACUGCCUACAGACUCUGGCCGACAGCGUAGGCUCAGACAUGGCCAAGCCUGAUCUGGUCAACCUGCUGAUGCCGGUCCUGAUCGAACGCUGGAAUAAGAUCCAAGAUGACUCGCGGGAAAUGUUCCCUCUGCUAGGAUGUCUGGGAUACAUUGCCAUGGCGUAUGGCGAUACUUUCGCACAAUUCGCUGCACCGAUCUUCGACCGUUGCAUUAAAGUCGUUUACGGCAAUCUGCAGCAGCACAUGGCGUUCAUGUCCGGCCAGACAGUCGAUCAGCCGGACAAAGACUUUAUUGUGACAGCCUUGGACCUGCUAUCGGCCAUCAUCCAAGCUAUUUCGCCUGAAAAGUCUGGUCCAUUGGUCCAGAACUCGCAGCCACAAUUCUUCGAUCUUCUAUCUUUCUGCGUGGAAGAUCCCACAAGCGACGUCCGACAGUCCGCCUACGCCGUACUGGGAGACUGCGCCAUCGCCCUGUUUGGUAGCUUGGACCCGUACCUACAGAAGCUCUUGCCGAUAUCGAUCCGCCAGCUCGACCUCGACGCCAUGCCCGACGACGAUUCGGAGAACGGCUUUAAUGUCCUGGCUAAUGUCUGCUGGUCGAUAGGCGAGAUCGCCGCCCGUGCACCAACCGAGCGUUUGUCCCCGUACGUCGAGCCCCUGUACAACGGUUUGACGACUAUCAUUAAGAACGAGGAAGUCCCUGAGCCAGCCAGUGAAAAUGCAGCAACCGCUCUCGGGAGGCUCGGUCUCGCGUGCCCUGUACAUCUCGCGCCGUUCCUGGGCGAAUUCGCUGAACCAUUCUUGCAAUCCAUGUCUAAGAUCAGCACGUCGAAUGAAAAGGCCAGCGCGUUUCUAGGCUUCAAUAACGUCAUCCAGAACAAUCCGCAGGCCAUGGAGAGCAGUUUGGCGCUUUAUUUUGCGGCCAUCGCUCAGUUUCCACAGAAGGGCAAGCAGGGUGCCGAGUACGGCGAGGUCCGGGCUAGUUUUGCACAAGUCAUCCAAGGAUAUGUCGGCUUGAUUGGAAACGAUGGGUUCAAUGCCUUCUUGAACGGCUUGAGUACGCCUGUCCGUGCUAAGCUCAGGGAUGGGUAUGGUCUUGGGUCGUGA